AUGCCGCCGAGAUCACGACUGACGGCAGCCGACGUAUGUCAGUACGCCGUUCGAAAGAGGCCGGUGCAAGGGGCCGGACCGUCGCGGCCUCCCAAGAGGCCCCAUGCAGCUCCGCCGAGCAAACCUACCGGGUCAGGGGCGGAGCCCAUCAUUGCACUGUCGGCGCCGACAGUGCUUGUCGAAGUCCCGUCUGACGGAUCAUCGGGCGAGGGUGCCGCUUCGCCCGAAAGAAGGGCUGCUGAGUCCAUAGAUGGUGCGCCGGCCGCCCAGCAGGCGGAGGAAGAUCGGGAGGAGGCUCACGAACCCAAGCAACCAGCACCUGCUGCCGCCGCACCGUCGUCGGGAGAAUACGACGAUCUCAUCUCCACCCUCCCACUAGAUGAAGGAUUGAUUCCCACCCGCCUCCGCCAAUACCAAGGCGUCUGGAUCCCUGAAUUCUUCCUCGGGGGCAUCCUCGCCGUCCGGCAACGCUCCACGGCCCGCCCUGAUGACCUCCUCCUCGUGAGCUACCCCAAGUCCGGCCAAUACCAAGGCGUCUGGAUCCCUGAAUUCUUCCUCGGGGACAUCCUCGCCGUCCGGCAACGCUCCACGGCCCGCCCUGAUGACCUCCUCCUCGUGAGCUACCCCAAGUCCGGAACCACCUGGCUAAAGGGGGCCUUCGCCAUCAUGACUCGAACCCAACACCCUUUGGCUCACCACCCGCUCCUUAGCCUCAACCCCCAUCAGUGCGUGGAGUACCUGGACAGCCUUUUCUUUGAUGGCCAGCAAUCCAUGGUUGAUGCCCUGCCCUCUCCUCGGAUUUUCAGCUCCAACACGACUUACUCUCUGCUAUCGGACUCGAUCAAGGGUUCCGGCUGCCGCAUCAUAUACAUCUGCCGAGACCCUAAGGAUGCGAUCGUCUCCCGGUGGCAUUUCAACGCGAAGAUGAGCUCAAAGACGUCCAAGGAGCCGACUCCCUUGACGAAGGCCUUCGAGAUGUUCUGCGAGGGCGUUUCCCCGUUUGGGCUGAUAUGGGACCACGCUCUCGGGUACUGGAAGGAGAGCUUGAGAAGGCCCGACAAGGUGCUGUUCUUGAUGUACGAGGAGCUGAUGGAAGAGCCGGUGGCAAAGGUGAAAAGAAUGGCGGAGUUCAUGGGAUGUCCAUUCUCCCCGGACGAAGAGAAGGAAGGGAUGGUGGAGGAGGUCAUAAGGUUGUGUAGCUUUGAGAAGCUCAGCAACCUAGAGAUAAAUACUACUGGUGUAAUGAACUCCAUAGUCUCGACAGCUCCUCCAACAUUGGCGUCUUUCUUUAGGAAAGGGAAGGUGGGGGAUUGGAGGAACCAUCUGAGUCCGGAGAUGGCGCAGAGGCUGGACGAAAUCACCCAAGAGAAGCUAGAAGGAUCCGGUCUGACCCUUGGAAGAACAUGCUUGGAAGCUGCUGAGAAGGAGGAGAAUCCAGUUCACCAAGUGUAGUAGCAUGCUUUAAUUUUCUGAGAAAGAUCAUGAAUUAAAUGUGCGUUAAGAGUGUGAUUUAGCUUAUUUUAUCCUUUUCUAAAGACCAUGAGAAGGAUCCGCUCCGACCGUUGGGAGAACCUGCUUGGAAGAUGCUGCAAAGGAAGAGAAUCCGGUUCAGCUUUUGUGAGAAAUAUCAUGAAUUAAAUGUGCCUCAAAGUGUGAUUCACCUUCUUUUAUCCUUUUCUAAAUAAACUGGGCGAAGGUAUUCUUUCCUCCGUUUGCAUCACCAAGAAAAAGAGUGUGAUUUAACUCUCUUUAUAAACUUUGUUUUCCCAUCAUGAGUUGCUUUUAAGUAAUAAAAGUUUAUUCCAAUGAUAUAUGUCCAUCGCAUGGAUAAGUCAUCACAAAUGUAAACAACUCUGUAGCUUGAAUCAUUUCGAGGAGCAACUCUUGCAGAAAUCCAUGUACACAUAGAUAACCCUAUAUUAGACAGUGAGAAAAAGUUACGGGGUUGAUA